UGCUCAACCUGAUAUCUCAUUUAUAUCACGGAUCUCCGAUGACGAUCGUUUGCAUUUCCUUGCACUCAAAUUCAUGCUUAUGAGCGUGGUAACUUGGAUGCAAUGCAAAAUAUAGAGAUAAGUUUAUUUUUGUUGACGCAUUGAACUGUUUCAAUCCCUAAGUUGUUGUGGAGACUCCGUGCUCACUGCUUGAGCUCGGGCAGGUCUGGGCAAGAGAAAAAUCCGAGUCAUGUGGAGGCUUUCUAUUGCCGUGGCGGAGAUUCUUUGGCAGGGAAUUUGGAAUGGCGACGCCGGGGCGGAAUCAGCGCCGUCUUGAGCUCCAUGUCGUGUUUCUGCUGCUUUUCUUGUUUGCGAAUUUGAGCCACGCAGUUUUGGAGAACUCGUCUAUGGUUUGGCGGUACGCUGGGGAGGAGCCGAGCUUAGUUGCGUCGGUUACGAGUCCCCAGGAGUAUUCGUCUAAGGAUUAUAUUUCUUUUUUAGAGUGGCGUGCAGUUGUUUUAAUCCAGACAUGGCGCGGAUACCUGACGCAAAAAGUGACGCAAGAAUCUUCUGCAGACAAUGCCAUUGAUCUCGUGAAGGGGCCUUGCAAUUCUGAAACGAAAAAGUUGGUAUCGUGCCCCGUGCAGUGCUUCAGAGUUGAUCCGGUUUGUGGGACAGAUAAUGUCACGUAUUGGUGUGGAGCUGCUGAUGCGAAGUGUGCAGGAGUGGGCGUAGCUCAUGAUGGACACUGUAAUUUGUGGGAGUUAAAUGCAAACGUUGGUUCUACAACUGCAGUGCGUGCUGCUCAAUCUUUACAACUGGUUCACAUGCUCUGGCUAGUAGUCGCAGGUUUAUUGAUUGUGCUGGGUUCGGUUUGAAUUCAGCGCAUCACUUUCCGUUUUGAAUAGAACGAUUCUUUUUAUUCUAAAAAUUCAGGAGGUUAUUCAUCAGCACUUCAACGACUGUAGAUUUAGAACUUGAGGCACCCAGGUCGAUUCACCAGUUCAAUUUUUGUGUGUAGUUGAGAACGUUCACGUACUGUACAUUUAUUCUACGAUUCUUGUGGGGUAAAUUCUCUCCAUCAUUACCUUUAGCAUUUAAUCCAAAGACUCCCUCUUUUAUGUUAAUUCAGUGUAUAUUCCUGGAGCACUUAGGACCAACCAGCCAUUGUUGUUCAGCAGUGCAGGUGACCUAAUAGCCAGGAUUUGAUGACCAUUGUUCGAGACGGGUGCGUUGGUAGUGUUUGCUAGUCAGUGAGGAACUCUAGAGUGAGUAUAUGACCUGUGGAGGCAUUUUAGAUGCUUGAAGUCUUUGAGGAGACGGUUGACUUGUCACCACUUUCCCAAGAAGGACAGGCUCUUUUGAAGUAAUUUAAGAUUAUGAGAUUAUGUACACUGGUAUCACUAGGAACAAGGUAACUGGUGGUAAUUGAGCUGGCUCGAUCGGACUAGGCGUCCUCCGUUGUACCCAAGGUGAUUGAAACAGUCAGUUCCCAUUCACUUUUUAUGGGAUUGAAUCGCAGCGAGAAUAGUUCCCUACUGAGAAAUACCUGUAUUGCUUACCUUUCAUGUUUUGAUGACUGUUCUGACUCCUAAUGCUGUAGUCUGUUUCAUAUCCUUUUAUCCUGCUGUUAUUGGACCCCGAACCGCCUUAAUUUGUUCGAUCACUGAUUCUGAAGGUUUCAGGUUUAGAGGUUUUCGCUCCAGUAGUGAAGUAGGUAUUUUACGAGUUCUCAAUGAGUGAUAAAUUGCGGAGGUUUGUAUUGGCACUGGUACUGGUUGGAUUGGGGACGUUGCAUACAAGAUUAGAAGAAUUUGCCGAAGGAAUCAAAUGGGUUGAACUCCACCAUUACCUCAAUAUGCUUAGUUUUGACCACCUUUGCUACUUACAUGGAUGACCUGUAUAAGAUCUACUUCAUCACUUCACAUUUCGUUUAGGUUCGAGUUACCACUAUGGUGAGGAUGAGGAGGUGUUCAAUCCUUGUGAUGCGCUUGUGGGCUUUCUGAAGCUGUGAAAGAUGCAACGCAAUGAAUCGGCUGGGGGAUUUCCCAUGUUUUAAGACUUUAACAUCAAUCCAACCUCCUCCGUUUGCGGGCCAAGGUCAACUGGUCCUCAUGAUGUGCAACUGAUUCCUCCCCAAGAGCAACCACGUGCGAAGCCUCUUCACAAUGUUCCCUCAUCCUUCUUGAGCUUCUAACCGGUUGAGGCUCUGGCUCGAUCCUCUCAGAGCCGGUCUCAUACCCAUCAGCGGCAUUUGGACUUUGUUCAGAACCAGAUGCAACUUCCUGUGGCGUUGAGGUUGCAUUUAUCUCGGCAAGCAAGCCAUUUGGAGUCAGGUUCUCAGUAUCACCAAUCCGGACUGAACUGAGGUUUUCCCUGUGUGUAGUGGCUAUGGAUUGUGACAUUUGAUUUCCUGCAAUGGGACGCUCCAAGCUUUGCAUAAGUUGCUCGAUGUUGUUGAGUCUGUUGCGCAUGGUGGUGAUCCAGUCUGAUAAUUGAGAGGGGUGAACUGCUAAGUGGUUGAUGGUAUCUUCCUGUGAAUGUUGAGAACCUUGGGAAGCGGCCGAAGCCAUCAUCCGUCGUCUUUGUUGUGCGGCAUCAGCAUCAAGCUCUAUGUUCCCUUCCAUGUUUGCUAGCCGUGCAUGCAUUGAUGCUAACCAUGCUGUAGCCUGCACAGACUAGUCCAGUUUUAGUGAGAUGAUACAACUACUACUUGGCGCAGCUUGGCUUGUGUAAAUACAUCUAUAUGUGUAAAGAUGUGAUUUAUUUUCUGUGAAAACAAAUUACUAGCUAUUGUUCUUGGCAAUUUUCUAAAAUUCGAAACAACUAAAGGCCAUGCAGGGUUUUUUUAAACACUAUGAUGAUAUUUGAAAACAAUUUAAAAGACUUCUGUUCUGAAGGUUCUUUCACCAGAUUCUCAUAUGGCCCUCCAGGAAAUUGUUAAGUUAUUUUUGAGAAGUACAAGCAUAGAUGUGUUGGAGCCAACUUUGUUUCCCAACAUUCUCAUGUUGUGCAUGUUUUUGAGUUACCUGUGUAGGGUCUACCGCAAGACGGCUGCCGUUGAUUAUAUUCUCCCAUUCUUGUGAGAGAACGGUACUGGCUGAGAGGGUUUGAUGUCUUUCCCCAUCUCUUUCCUCAAGGUUUUGGUUCAUGGCAGCAUUGUAACGAGAGUUUGCAAGAGCUUGCCGGAGCUGCUCUUGUCUGAAGGCUAUUCUUCUUUGCAGGUAGCCGCUCUGUGAGUGUUCAAUCGAUUCGCCUGUCUCUCCACCUAACUGAUUCACAUCAUGCUCCAUGACUUGCAAUCUAGAUGCGGUUGCCGCACUUUCCUGUGGAAUGUCCACUACUCUUCGCGUUGUCGCCAUGAUAGUUGAGACUUCAAAACCAAGUGGUCGUUGCUCUCCUUCAUCAGUUCUUGUGGCUUCGUGCUCCAUCUCCGACACUUGCUGACGUUCUUGGUGUUACGGGAAUGAGGAGAAACUAUCUCCUAUCAGAUAUCACCUUCCAACCUGUCAGCUGCGUGAUUUGUUGCUUUCGACAUCAUGGUUGGUCAUGAUGGUGAAUGUGACGCCAAUCGGCGGUGCAGGCUGCCUGAGCCUCAAGUCGGUGGAAUGUGCCCGAUGCACUUGAACUGAAACCUGCCAACCCAAGAGCCUGGCACCACAGUGAUGGCAAAUCUUCUGUCGCUUGAGAGCAGAUUGCACUUUGGGCUCUGAAGGAUCCUGCUAUUGAGAGACAAAAGGGUAUGGACACAAACCUCUUGGGAAGGAGCAUGCGAGUAACCUAUUAUCUAAAUUUCCCAAUCUCUUCUUGCCACGUCGGAUUAAAGGAAGUGAACAUCACUGUAGAAGCAACAUUUGGAGAACAUCAGAUUGGAGUGAGGAGGAUGAGCAUACUGUUGGUACGCUGGUUUCUCCUUUCCUCACUUUGCGUGACUCAUCGUCACCACGACCGUAAACAAAAAUGAACAAUCGUCCUAUGUUAAACAACGAAACCGUCUUGCGGCUCCCUAUUUAAGCUCGCAUUUCUGAAUUUCCCUGGAUAUGACGUAGCAUUAAUUCCAGUUUGAGCAGUUUACUUUUUGCUUGAGUUGAACUUAAUUUUCGUGAGCCUGGAUUAUUAACCUCACAAUUGUAUUCGUAUGGUUUCACCGCGCUCAUUUCAGAGUCUAUGUCAGGCCACAAAUGGAGGUGAACAGGAACCUAAAUGAUUUUAAAACGUAACAUCAUGUACAAAACCUUGAGAACCUAAGGGUAACGAAUCUGCUACAUCCUCUUACUCUCUCAGAGAGAUGAGAUGAAAAUAAGCCUAAACACAUUCUCAUCAUAGCUCUUAUUGUUACGCAACAGUUGUGAAGGUCUGUGAUGUUAACCCUACCAGUGGUUUUAAGCUGAAAGGAGACCAGCGACCGUUGUUUCGGUGAGCAUGCUUAUGGUUUUCACUUAUCGCUAAUCCUGUCAAUAGUUGAGAAAUCAACGGCAAUAGGACGUACGUGAAACUUGUUCAAGGAACUGCUUGUCUUCCUGAAUAGGAGUGCUUCGUCAACCAAACAACGUGAUGGCUUGUGAGAUACCCACCAUGCCAGCACCUGGCGGGCCAAAGAGCUUCAAGGACCUCAGCAAAGACAUUGCAAGCAAACGGCAGCAGUCGCAAGGACAAAUUAAUGAAGAUUAUGACCUUUGCAUUGACUUAACACUUCGACGGCUAGUAUAUGGCUCCAUGACAGGAUUAGCAUCUGCACUUGGGUUGUUCAGAAGCCCCUCAACGCGGUAGGUAGCAGUUGCAUUUGGCGCAGGGGUGGGUCUGGGAUCUGCUUACGCAGAUUUCUCACGCAUCAUGGGCGAUAGAACGAUAUUUUCACCAUAUCCUAAAUGGCCUCCUAAUUGAAAACGUCCCCAGUUUAAUUGGA